GCGCGCGAGCGCCAAAGAGAGCGCCUGUGGCGGCCGGGCGAUCGGGUUGGGGUCACGAGGGCGGCGGCGGGGGUUUGAACCGUCCAAUGGGGGAGCGGCGUGCGGCGUGCCGGGGGCGGAGCCGGAAGUCGGCCUGCGCGUCCUGGAGCUGCAGCUGUUCGUCGGCGGCGCCGUGCCGCUGUGGUGGGAGUUCCUGUCCUCGCGCGGCGGCGGCGGCGGCGGCGCCCCAACGGUGCCAAGGUCUCCAUGGCAGCACCAGCAGCCUCUGCAGCUACCGCCGCCUCAUCCACGGCUUUGAGGACGUCGUGAGGCGGCGGUUGCGAAGCCGCUUAAGAACCCCAUGGUGAGCCGCGGGCAGGAGGCUGAGGAAACGGCGGCUGGGAGCGUUGCUUGGGGUGGGGAGUGAGGGCAAGGCGAAGGAGGAGGAGGAAAAGGAACGGUGCAAAUCAAGUAAAAACCACCAAGCAUCUACCAAAGUGGAUUUCAAUUGCUGCAGCGAUCAGAUAAAUCAUAUAAGUGGUUUGCCAAGACCACCUGCAAUUUCUAAGUCAUCCAUUGGAGGGAGGGCAAAGAGUGUGGGAACCACCGCUUCAGCUGUUGUGGGACUUCCAAGACCUAUCUUCACUAACCACUGGCCUUGCAUAUUGUGUCUGAUGGGAAUUACAGUCCAACCGUAUCUGGAAGGGCACACACGUUUGUUGAGGCUGAUGGAAUUGUAGUCCAAAACAUCUAGAGGCUUCAGAUUGACAAUGGUACAUGAGUUAGUUCUCAAGAGAUGGGGAGGCUGUGGACUCCCAGCUUUUCAGCAUUGGACAGCAUGGGCAAUAGUUAGUGACUGUGGGAGUUGUAGUCCAACAAUAUCUAGAGGCCCUUUGGGGUGUAAGCAUAUACUGGUCCUUGGUACCUAAAGUAGACUGUGCUAAUAGCCUAAAUAUAAAUAUAACUAUCUGGGCUUGAGGCUAAUAAAUGGGUAGCUUGUGAGAAGCACAGAGUUAUGUAGAUAACAGUAUGAAUGUUCAGUCAGUUGGUUCUGGAUUCACUGCUGUAGCUGUGUACUGGAAACAAGAAUGCUUGCUGUUUUAAAUUAGUGGCUUCAUUUUAUUUUCUAGGUUUUCCCCUUCUUUCAGGAGUGGAGUAAUUGUCACAACUCAAAAAAACGCAUCACCAGAAUCUGACACUCUCCUGCUAACUGUAUGUAAUUGUACCACGUAGCAUAAGUUAGCCAUAGUGCAAACUUUUAAGAGGGGGUUGUCUACACAUGAUGAGGGCAGCAAGAAUGGAAUGUAUGCUAGGCUAUAUGUAUUCAUAGAUGGUCACUAGGGAAGUUAUCACAACACUCUAGUAGUCAUUAAAUGGAGGCAGGGAAUGGCGUGUACACUUUGUGAAGGUAUGUACUGAGGUAAGGUACAAACAUAGUUUAAGAUGUAAAGAGUUUUCUAUACAGAGUUUCUAUUCCAGGCAUGUACUCAUAGUUGAAAUACAAUGUUUUGGGUUAAUCCUAGAAAAAUAAGGGGUAUUUAGUUUAGCGUCUGUGUUCCAGAGUGUUUUAUUGAGUAGUUUUAAAAAAAAUGAAAUCAAGGUGAGCUGGAGCACGCACAGUCGCUUGAUUAGCAUAUUCUCAAAAUCUCUUGGACACACUGCACAAGAUCAUAAGAUGCUCUUUGGAGACAGUGAUCUGGUUUGGAGGCAAUGUAGUUUAGCUGUUAAACCUUAGCAUGGGGUGGGAAUUUUCGGUGCUCCAGACAUUGCUGAAUUACAACUCCCAUCAGCCCCAGUAAAAAUGGUCAGGGAUGAUAUGAGUUAUAGUUCAGCAACAUUUGAAGGGAUAGAGGUUCCCCACAGCUGCUUUUGCAUGAUGAGAAUAAACAGCAGUGAGCCUGAGACUUGCAUGCUCCCCUGCCUUGUCUAAGAAUUUGGAAGCUUCUGCAGCUUGAUUUGUCAUCUAAACUAACAAACUGUGGAUAAUUUCAACUAUGGGUUGUUCAGAAUAAGUCAACUUCAAACCAUGGAGGUGACUUGUUAAAACAAACCAUAUUUAAACAAUCACAGUUAAGUGACACACUAACUAUGAACAACGUAUUUUUUAAAAAAGCCACAGUUUCCAGACUCCCUUUAAACUUGUUUUAAAUUCCUUUGUACGUUGGUCAGAUGGCUAUGUGAUCAAGUGGGCUUCAAAGCAGUUGCAUGUUCCUACCCAACAGAGCUACACGUCCUGGUUUUUUUAUUAAAAAAAACUUGGGUCCAAGGAACAGUUGUUAUUUCCGGUCUACUUAUUCACAGGUCCUUUUUCCAUUGUAUUGAAUGCCCUUUCCCAGUUAACGGAGAAGAACCAUGAAGAGCCGCUCCACAACUCCCCCUUUGCACGUCCAUGUGGAUGAAAAUACCCCUGUCCAUGUCCAUAUUAAAAAGGGUCAGAAAACACCACCACCUGCAAAAUCCCAGGUAUGAGUGUGCAGCUGGGUGUUUGUAGGGGCUCUGUCAUGAAAGCCCCAGCCCCCAGAAGCACCAGUGAAAACCCAGCCCUCUUCCUACCUUGCAAAAGAAGAGCAGGCCCAAAUGGUUUGUUUGCUUUACUUUGUAGCUCUUGUCACAAUGUGUAGAUGUAGAAAAUUGGCUUUUUUUCUUUUUUUUUACUGCUCUGGCUUGUGUUCAUGGGUGCCAUAUCUUCCUGCUGAAAGACUGUUUUUGUUUAGUGCUUCCUUCAAAAUCAAUACCACUUCCUCUCAUUAAUACAAAUUUCUAUUUGAAGUCUUAUACAUUAAUUAAGGAAAUAAUUAGGGUGGGGGUAGGAUGGCAAGUGUCAUGGUAGGAAGGGGAUUUUUUCCAAACUGUGCUGAAAUUAACAUAUUUGUCCAGUUUACAUUUCAUGGUAAACCAAAUUUGGUUUGUUUUGCUCCUCUUUGCUAGUGCACAGUCCUCGGUGCACCAGCAGCGGUUUAGUCAUGCUGGCCACUUGACCCAGAAAACUGUUUGCGGACAAACUCUGGUUCCCUUGGCCUGAAAAGCGAGUCGAGCACUACACCCCAUAGUUCCCUUUGACUGGACUUAACUGUCCAUGGGUCCUUUACCUUUACCUAGUGUAUGAAAAAAGCAAACUGUGGUCCUUACCAAGGAUGGUGGUUUGCUUUCCUCAAAUGACAGUCAGUAAGCUAAGAACGAACUUCGGCUUUAUCCAUCAAGAUUUAUGGAGACCCAAACAAAGCAAGAAAGCUGGUUCAGCAAAUGCUGGGCUAUUGAUUUGUUUCUCCCCAGUGCUUGUGGGGAGAGGAAUAGUGGGUGCAAUGAACUCAUGCCCUGUAAACCAUCCACUGUCUGGCAACUUGGGUACUCCAAACCAGCAGAAACAGUGGAACCUAUGCAUUUACCAUGGAGAAUGAAAAUUGUAUAAUUCCUUAAAAACGUUACACCCCGCAGCUGAAGAGCAAACCAACAGUUAAUUAAUCAAAAACUGUAAGCCCACAACUUAGGUGGGAGGUUACAUUCUGGGGGUCACACCUAAAGUCAAAAUUGUGUAUAGUCAAAACCCAUUAGGUUCAAUGAUGGGUGGGAUUACCAAAGUCAUUUUUCCUGGAGCCCCACCCACUUUCUGCCCCUUUUUAAAUUUAAUUUAUUCCCCCCCCCCCACCCCAUGUAUGUAAAGUUGAACAUGCACAAGUUAAAUGUGUGUAUGUUGUGGGCUUUAAUUAACAGAGCUGCCCAAAUGGGUGCAGUUGAGUUGAGUUUAAUGCCCUUUCAAUUUUAGCACAUUCCUAUGCCCAAAGCACCUUGUUGAAUCUUUCUUAACACAUGCAAAUAUUGUGGGCCACAGGAGAAUUGUAAUUUCAUCUAGUCAUGUGAAACACCUUCUGUUGUCUUUCUAAGAGUUGGUGUCUUGUCUGUGAUUCUGUUGUCUACAUACAUGCGUUUUGGCCCGAGGCCUUUCAGCAGUAAAGGUCACUUUCAAAGAUGUAUUGCAGCCUACCCAUUCAGCAGCUUCAGGUUCCUGGUAAGUCCUGCAGUAGGUGGCCCUGGGAUCAGAUGCAGAGUCAUGUGUUUCCAAUUCACAAUCAGUACUUUGCUGCAGCUGUGACCUAAAUCUUUCCUACCAUACACUAGAUCUAAUCUUCCCAGGGUAACUAAGGCCCACCUUGCAUCAUAAGUGACUAAGAGACAUGAUGAUGUCAUAAUGAUCCUGACUGACAAAGAAUAAAGCUGCUUUCAGGGGUACCAUACUCCUCACUAUGCGGUACCUAUAUUUCUUUUUCCUGAGCAUGGUUACUGAGACUGCACUGUGAUGUAGAAUGUGAAGCCUUUUUCGUGGUACAGUUUGUUGGAAUAGUUUUGUUGGGGGCUUCCAGUUUCGUUGCACAAAUUUUAGGGGUGGAAGUAAUCUCAGCAAGUGUUUCAGGCAACUAAAACAGUAUACUACUCUCUCUCUCUUUCCCCCUCUCUGCUCCCCCAUCCUCACAGCAAAAGCACAAGCAGAAAAUGAAAGGGGAUACCGUGAAUGUGCGCCGCAGUGUCCGAGUAAAAACCAAAGUCCCCUGGAUGCCCCCAGGCAAAACAUCUUGCCGAGAGUCAUCAUACAAGUGGGAGGUAGGACAGCUGCUGUUUCUUUUGCAGCCUAAUAACGGGCCUUUUCAGAAGCUGAACUGGAAAGAAGCUGAUGCUCAGUCAUAGAGCACAUGCUUUGUGUGCGGAAGGUCCCAGGUGUGCUGAAGCAUUCCUGGCUGAAAUCCUAUAGAGCACAGGUUUUCAACCGUUUUGAGUUCAUAGCUCUCUUGACCAACUACAUUCGUUCUGCGGCUUCCCUGUGGGGAAACACGCUCAGAGCCUCAAAAGUCCAGUUUUGUCACCCCUUGCCCCUUGGAGACUGGCCAAAGGUGAACAUGAGGCGAGCACCUUACCUUGGAAGACAGCAGUGGCAGUAGCAGGUGGCGCCGGACCUGCAUGGCAGAAAGGCUUCCCUUUGGCGUUGGGCACUCAGCUCCCAGGCAGGCAUUGCACACAGCGAGCACAACAAAGGCCAGCACAAUGCCUGCCUGGCCUCCCACUUGUCUGUGCAUUCCCAACAGCAAGGGCCAGUGGACUGGCUUGCUGGGCUCCCUUGUCCGCUAACUUGUUUACUCGGAGACUGCCUCAGCUCCUGGCAACCAGCACCCCCUGGCCAGCCCCAGAAGCACCAUUCACUUGUGGAGAUUGUAGCCAAGACCAUUGCAACAAACAGCUGUGCAAGUCUUUGGGCAUCAGAAAAGGUAGGGAAGGAAAGAGAGACAGAGGCCAGUGUUGUCCGCGGCACCCCUGACCAUCAUUCAAGGCACUCCAGGGUGCCAUGGCACACUGGUUGAAAACCACUGCUAUAGAGCAUGUUGGGCAGUUCUGAGCUAGAUGGACUAACUGUCUCUGUAUAAGGCAGCUUUUCAUGUUGGCCACCUUGCCAACAGUUAUUAUUUAUUAUUAUUUUUAUAUUGCCCUUCAUCCAAGGAUCACAGGGUGGUUUAUCGUAUAAAAACAGAAAAAUACAUAACAUAAGAAACGAAAACAAUAACUCUUCCCACUGUUGCCCUGUUUAAAAGGCCAUAGAUGGUUUAAUCAGCCAAAGGCCUGGUUAUAGAGGAAUGUUUUUGCCCGGCACCUAGUUGAGUCUCUGGCUUCCCAUGCUCAGGAGCUGUAUGUACCCACCCCCAGGAUUUCCCCCAGGAAGAGCUUGGGAAUGAGCCUCGGGUUUUUAAAAGAGACGUUUGCUUUUAUGAAAGUGUUGUUCUUGUUUUUAAUAUGUAGAACAAAAAACUAAUUAAAAUAAAUCAAUGGGUUAUAACUUCCUGUGGUAUACGACCACAGGGAGCAUUAAUGGCUACGAAUAAGAUCUAUUUAUUUUGGUACAUGGGUUUGGGUUUGAGGAUCGUGAAAAGACAAUGAAAUUGUUUGACAAUUUGGGGGGGUCUAGGUCUGUAUUUUGGGACAGGAGGAUGAAUCUUCAGUUCAAAUGCUUUGGUAUGAAAAUAUUCUUGUAUUGUGAUGGGGCAUUCCCUUUCCCUUAUGCAGUGUAAAGGAGAUGAAGGUUUGUGACAGCCACCAUAAUCUUCAAGACUCUGGUUCAGGCAUGGAGCUUCUGUGCUCCAUCUGCUCCUCUUGCACCCUGCUUGCCCUGGGUGCAAGAAAACUACUGAACUGUGAUUAAAAAGUUAGCAGUAACCAAGUUAAUUCAGCAGUAAUAACUAUUGAGAUAUAGAAAAUGAGAAAAUGAAAAGAUAGGGAUUAAUUAGAAUAUGUAGUGGAAAAGAAAAUCAUGAAGUGAACCGUGGAAAGGGCAGGGGGAAGUCAAAAUUAAAUGUCUAUUUGGUAUUUAGAUCAUCAUUCAGUGUACUUAUUGUAAAAUGAAAAUGAUAGACUUCUCUGUGACCCUUCCCCUCCGCUGGGAGAUGGGAAUCAUUCGAAUGGUCUGCCCCUGCCACUUAGUGGAUCCAAAGGGUUUCCAGAGAGUGGUAGGGGAUGUUUUAUCCCAUGUUGAUGGCCUUUCCGCUGAUUCCCUGGUGUCCCACUGGAAUGCGGAGUUAACCAGGGCUGUCGACUGUCUGGCUCUGAAGUGCCCUCUCUGAUUGCAUGGAUCCUGGACAGCCCUGUGGUUUUCCCCGGAGCUGAGGGCAAUGAAGCAAUUGCUGAGAUGACUAUAGCGCCAGUGGCAGAAAACUCAUUCUGAAUUGGACAGGACACAGGUUAGAGCUCAACAUUGAGCCUACCAAGUGGCAAUAGCAACAGCAAAGACUUUCUUCACCACCUCUAUUGCAUCUGCAGAGAACAGCAGCAGGAGACACUUUCAGGUGGUUUGCAAUCUAACCGCCUCCUUUGCCAUUGGGGCCUGGUGAGGACCCCAAAAUCUCCUGCAAUGAUUUUGCUAAAUUCUUUGCAGAUAAAGUCACUCAGAUUUGGAAAGAGGUAGACUCCACUGUGGGAGCAGGGCGGGCGGGAGAGUGCUAGAGUCCUGUCUAGUUAAGUUGCAUGGGAUCAGUUCCAAUCUGUUACCUCCGAGGAUGUGGACAGGCUGUUUGGAUGAGUGAAACAGACCACCUGUCUCCUUGAUCCUUGCCCAUCCUGGCUAAUCAAAGCGAGCCAUGAAGGACUGGGGGAUGGGCUCUGGGGGUGGUGAAUGCUUCCCUCUGUGAAGGAGCCUUCCCAGACCCGUGGAAAGAGGUGGUUAUUAAAUGCUUCUUUAAAAACCAUCUUUGGACCUGGCCGAUAUGACCAGCUAUUGCCCAGUUUCAAAUCUUUCAUUUUUGGGCAAGGUGGUCGCUGAACAACGGGUGGUCGCUGAACCACUCCAGGCACGCCUGGAGGAUUAAAACCAUUUAGACCCCUUCUAAUUGGGAUUGAGGCCUCAUCAUGGGACUGAAAUUGCCUUGGUCUCACUGGUCAGUGAUCUCCAGUGGGCUAAGGAUAGAGGUGAAAGCAGUUUCCUGGUCCUGCUGGAUCUCUCAGCAACCUUCGAUACCAUCAACCAUGACAUCCUCCUGGACCGUCUAGAGGAGCUGGGAGUUGUGGGCAGUGCUAUGCAGUGGUUCCGCUCCUUCCUCCUGGGCCAUGUCCAGAAAGUGGUGUGGGGGGGAUCAGUGUUCAGAUCCCUGGCCUCUUACUUGUGGGGUGCCUCAGGGCUCUGUCCUCUCCCCUGUGCUUUUUAACAUCUACAUGAAGCCACUAGGAGAUCAUCAAGGGCUUUGGGCUGGGUGUUCAUCAGUAUGCAGAUGAUACUCAGCUGUACCUCUCCUUCAAAUUAGAACCAGUGAGGACAUUUAAGGUCCUGUGUGGGUGUUUGGAGGUGGUUGGCAGAUGGAUGGCAGCUAACAGAUUGAGGAUGAAUCCUGACAAGACAGAACUACUGUUUUGGAGGAGAGGAGGAGGGUGGGUGUGGAGGACUCCCUGGUCCUGAAUGGGGUAACUGUGCCCCUGAAGGACCAGGUGUGCAACCUGGGAGUCAUGUUGGACUCACAGCUGUCAGUGCGGGCGCAGGUCAAUUCUGUGUCCAGGACAGCUAUCUACCAGCUCCAUCUGGUACAUAGGCUGAGACCCUACCUGCCUGCACACUGUCUCGCCAGAGUGGUACAUGCUCUGGUUGUCUCCUACGUGGACUACUGUCAUGCACUCUACCUUUGAAGGUGACUUGGAAACUACAACUAAUCCAAAAUGCAGCAUCUAGACUGGUGAAUGGAAGUGGCUGCCGGGACCAUAUAACACCUGUCCUAAAGGAUCUUCAUUGGCUCUCAGUGCGUUUCUGAGCACAAUUCAAAGUGUCGGUGCUGACCUUUAAAGCCGUAAACCACUUUGACCCAGUAUACCUGAAGGAGUGUCUCCACCCCCACUGCUCAGCCUAGACACAGAGGUCCUGCUCCAAGGGUCUUCUGCUUGUUCCAGGCAGAGGGCCUUCUCGGUAAUGGCACCCACCUUGUGGAACGCCCUCCCUUCAGAUGUCAAAGAGAUAAAGAAUUACACAACUUUUAGAAGACACCUGAAGGCAGCCCUGUAUUGGGAGGUUUUUAGUGCUUGAUGUGUUAUGUUUUUAUAUAUGCUGUAAGCCAUGCAGACUGUCUGGGGAAAUCCAGCCAGAAGUGUGCGGAAUUGAUCACAUCUACUUGAGUGAAGUAAUCUUCCAGUUCAGCAUUUCCAUUUUAACAAUGGAGAUGGGAGACUGACUCAUGUUCUCUUCUUUGGUACAGUCCUGGAGGAGUGAGCGACAUGGCAUGACACCUAACUAAAAAGUCAUCAGACAAAAUAACUGAGGACCUGUCUGUUAAUAGCUGUUUGACAUGAUAUCUGAAUUGUGGGGCUGCCCUUGAGGACAGGAGGGUGUGGAGGCUGGUGCAGAAUGCAGCUGCUGGGUGGUGAGUGGGGCAGCCCCAUGAAACCCCUGCUGCCCCAGUCCAGAAAGCACUGCAUUGGCUGCCAGUGAGCGACCGGGCUCAAUUCAUGGUGUUAGUACCAGCAUAUAAAAUCCUGAAUGGAUUGGGAUCAAGGACCUAAAAGAGCAAUCAUUCCUCUUUACCCAGGAGUUUGACGUCUGAAAGACAGUUUUCCUGGCAACCCUGAGAUCACGAUGUUUUUAACUGUUUGUAGAAUGAUUUUUAAAAACAGGUUUUUUAAGAAUAUUUUCUUGUUGUUGGUUUUUUUUUUUAAAACACCUCUCAUGAGAGGAAAGGUGUAAGAAGCAAAAUAACAGCCUCUGUCCUAUUCUCAAUCAGGGACCAACCCAUCGCCUGGAAAUAACUCCUCCAGAUUCAGAUAAGUUACUGUCAGUGCUCCGCUUGAGUGAUCUUUCAACAGACGAGGAGGACGCCAUUCACUGCAAAAUGGACAAGUACGAGAAGAAGAUAGGGAGCUUAAUGAACGUGGUGGGCACCUUGAAAAAUGAGGUGAGGCAGUCAGAGUUGAGUUGAUAUUUCUUCUUCUUCCAACAUGUUUGGAAUGAACGUUUGGAAUUUUGUAGAAAAUGAUGUGGCACAACCCCCUUGUUAAAACGUCUUGUGGUGUUAGGGUGAAUUGUGUGAAGAUUUUUGCCCCAUCCUUCCGCCAGUCAAUUUCAUUGUUUAAACCUGAGUUUGAAGAGGAAAGAGAGGUCACAGGGAACCUUUGGCACUCCUUACGUUGCUGGAUUCCAAUCCCGUUAUCCUUAACCACUGGCCAUGCUGGCUGGGGGCGAUGUGAGUUGGGCAUCUGGAAGGUCUCAGGUUCCCCACCCCACCUAUUCUGCCUUUUUUUUUUUUUUCCCUGUUUAAAAAAGACAGCAGAGAACAAGAAAAGGUGCCUGAUGACAAGUUUUCCAAAGCUAGCAGAACAAAACAGCUAUAGCAAAAUUAGGAGGCUUCUAUUAAGAGGAUUGGGACACGGGUGGCGCUGUGGGUUAAACCACAGAGCCUAGGACUUGCCGAUCAGAAGGUCGGUGGUUCGAAUCCCUGCGACGGGGUGAGCUCCUGUUGCUCAGUCCCUGCUCCUGCCCACCUAGCAGUUCGAAAGCAUGUCAAAGUGCAAGUAGAUAAAUAGGUAGUGGUCUAGUGGGAAGGUAAACGGCGUUUCCGUGCGCUGCUUUGGUUCGCCACAUGACCCGGAAGCUGUAUGCCAGCUCCCUCGGCCAGUAAAGCAAAAUGAGCACCGCAACCCCAGAGUUGGUCACGACUGGACCUAAUGGUCAGGGGUCCCUUUACCUUUAUUAAGAGGAUUAUUGACUUGCUCUUCAUGUUCAGUAAUGGCUACCAUAUAAAUUGGUAUAACGUGUGUUGCCCUGUUCAAUUGACAUCCUCCAAAUUGCAGCCCUGUAAGAAUAAGACCUGGGGGCAUUUAGUCUAGACGCUACGGUACGCUGUAACAAUGGAACAGCUCCAAGUACAGGAGUUCUGUUCAGGUGACCAGUGUUCACUUUCUGCAUUAUUAGAGCCCACCUUCCUGUUGGGCAAAGCAGAAUUUGUUCCACUUUGAAUGGGCUGGAUGAAUGGGCAGAAUUGUGAUAUUUCCUCUUUUACUAAAAUCUUCCCAAAUUUGUUGGCCAAAGUGUUUUUAUUUUCUGAUAUAUUGUGGGUGAAAAAAUUAUCUCUUUCUCUCUGUUGAAUUUGUUAGAUGUGUCCUCAGAUCUGUCCUCAGAUCAAAAUGCCAAAGCGGGAUGAUGGGCGAUGUGUGGCUAAGCGUCUCCUUGAAGAGCAAAAGGAAGAGCUGGACGAGGUCACUCAGGAACUGGUGGAGACAGAGCAUGAGAACACUGUUCUCCGGCGCAAUAUUGAACGCAUGAAGGAGGAGAAAGACCUUAGCAUGUAAUUAAGCUUUCGACCCUUCCUAUCUCUGUAUAUCACUGGGUUUGGGAGAGCAGCUGUGGGCAAAGCCCAAGGCCCUUUACAAUUUACAGGUGGUUGUGGUCGUGGGUUCUUAUUCUCUCUUUUGAAGCAGGGUUAUUAUUUUUACACUUGGCCUCUUCCGUUGGGAGCAGCCUCUGUCUGCUUCAGAGCAGCAAGGCUUUCUUGGAAUAACUGAUCUGAACCAUUGCAACCAAAUAUGCCUGACAUAGCCGGGAUUCAGCAGUCUGGAUGGAAGUCGCUAAAAAUGGCAACCGUAUUGUAUGCACUGUUACCCCUGCACCUGCUACUGUGGUGCCUGUGUCAAACCAGGGGAAAUGCCCCCAUUUGUCCCACACAAGUGCUCAUAAGUACCAGCAGAACUGUCAGUAGAGGGUCAAACUUCUCAUGAUAGACUGCAGCUCCUGGGCAGCUAAGAGCAUUUGGGGGAUGUGGUGUGACCUACGCCUUCUGCUGUUGUUGUGAUUAUGUUGUUCAGGCUCAGUCUAAACAUGUGGCAGAAUCCUGAGUUGGUAGGCUGUGCUUCUUCAUGGUGAGAGGCAAGGAAUUCUAUUACUUUAAGUACCUCCUUGGGAUGCGGGUGGCGCUGUGGUCUCAACCACAGAGCCUAGGACUUGCCGAUCAGAAGGUCGGCGGUUCGAAUCCCUGCGAUGGGGUGAGCUCCCGUUGCUCAGUCCCAGCUCCCGUCAACCUAGCAGUUCGAAAGCACGUCAAAGUGCAAGUAGACAAAUUGGUACCGCUCCAGCGGGAAGGUAAACGGUGUUUCCAUGCGCUGCUCUGGUUUGCCAGAAGCGGCUUAGUCAUGCUGGCCACAUGACCCGGAAAAACUGUCUGCGGAAAAAUUGUCUGCGGACAAAUGUCAGCUCCCUUGGUCAGUAAAGCGAGAUGAGUGCAGCAACCCCAGAGUCGUUCGCGACUGGACCUGUCAGGAGUCCUUUACCUUUACCUUUUUACCUCCUCAUAAUUGUUUCAAGAUUCCUUAUACGUUUAAAACUGGCACAUCAGGGGCGCAAUCUCCAGCCUAGUGUCUUUUCUAGCCUUUUUUACUAGGCAUAGGGGAUUUAAUAAAAUUUAGGUUAAAAAAUGAAUAAAUAAUAAUCCUGUGCCCCCCAUCCCAUGCUAUUUGAGGAUUAACACAUUAUUCCUUUCCAGACUUCAGAAGCGGCACUUGAUGCACGAGAAAGAAUGCUUGAUGUCCAAGCUAGUGGAGGCUGAGCUGGAUGGAGCAGCUGCUGCCAAACAGAUUAAGGCCCUGAAGGACGCUAUCUGCAAACUAAAAUCUGUAUGUGCCAGUCCAGAGUAGUGCAUAGAAGCAGCUUUUCAAAAGGUGGUGGUUGGGAGCAUCCCCAAGGAGGAGCAAGUGGUUUCAGUGGGGAGUCUGGUGGCUUGCCUUGGUCUCUUGAUUGGGAAAAGAGCAAAAGUGCGACAGCCUGCUCCCCUGGCCGUUCCCAGGUGGUGUUGCUUAAGCUUGUCUAGAUGUACAGGGAAGAUGAGGUGGUAACACUACAUUGUGCACCACUUCAGAGUGCAGGGGGAGGUUGGAUUUGGAACCCCUGGAAAACAGUUCUGCUCAUGAGACAGGGCAUCCCUUGUGUCUUGGUUCUCUUUUUCUCCUGAUGGAGCCACUCCCACUCCAGAAAUCCUAUCCGGAGCACUGGGUGGACCCUCCUGAACAAUACAGGACCUGGCAGGGGAAACUGAAGGGAGAGUUGUAGGCCUGGGUGACAUAUUGAUAUAUUGCUCAGGACUGGUAUGAGAGGGAGACCACGAUGGUGGUUUCACUCAGCAGUUUAUUGAGGAUGAAACCGCUGCCGCCUCUGCUACCAGCACCCAGCAUGCUGAGGGGGAAACAAACUGCCCCCGGGCGUUGGAGGCAGAGGGACUCCAGAGUGGUGGCAGUUUCACCAGUGAUAUACCAUCAAGUGAAACCGUCAUCGUGGUCUGUCCCUCUCACCAGCAGAGGGAGAAACAAGCUGCAUCAGCGAGGCAUGAUACAGCUUGUUCCUCCCUUUGCUUCCUUAAACUGCUUGGCUGAAGAGUGCGCCUCUGCCUUCACCUCAACCAAUCAGUUUUAUGGAGCCCCUGACCUGCCACCGGCUCACACAAGCCAGUGGCGGGGUGGGGGAAUCUAUUAAUGUGCUCCCCAGCUGUGAGAGCCCCAUUUCGGCUCCUGCUUGCAUGUCAGUAUGAGCAUGAUCACGGCUGUUCAGAUGGGGAGGUGCAGGCUCCAUCACAGUUCUCCACUCGGGUGCACGGCUGUGCGCCGCUUAACGGAGAUGUUGAAAGGAGCUCCCACUCGCCUGUUAGACUUGCCCCCCACUCCAUUAGACUCCCGCCACCCUGCCUUGCGGAUUUAGCCCAGAAGGGUGAGCUGUGUCUUUCUUCUCAGGGUGAACAACCAUCCCACAAAGAGGCAGCGUGCCUGAAGGAGCUUUGCAAAGGAUCCCCCAAGGUCUCUGCUCCCUGUUGGAGCUUGCUCAGCCCGCUGCAGGCAGGAGCCUUUCCACCCUCCAGCUGAUCAGCAGGCUGGGGCCAAUUGCAUUGGCCUCAGCCUGUGAGGUGCUGGAGUCAAAAGCGCCUCAGCUGCUGCGGUAGGAGCUGCUGCAGUUUCGUCCAGCGUCUCACUGGCUGGGGCCAGUAUAGCUUCUUUCAACAUUGCAGUUUAUUAUCAAGUAGAGAUGUUUGGGUGUUGGAAACCUAACAUCACCCAGCCCUAGAGAGUUGGCAAAAAUUGUUUCAUCUCCUCUUUUUGUUUGCAAAUACCACUGUUGGUUCUGAACUGCUUCAACUGAAGGAAGGACAUCUGAUUACUGAAGGCACCUGUGGAUUCAAUUCAAUAAGUUUUGAAUCUCCCUUCCCUGUUUUAUUAAACAAAUUCAAAUAGAUACACAUCAAGGAAAGGGGUUCAGUCCCAGCCCUUUACCUGCUGUGCUGGUCUUUACAGUGUAGGUUUUUAUUUGAGGAGGGGAAAGCCCUAAGCAUAUGAUUUCUCCUCUACUCAUCCAUCCUUCUAUCUUGUUCUUCUGUGUGUACAAACCAGACCCUCACAAAUGAGGGCACCAUGCUUCCUACAUAAUGUGUGAGCUUCCAGGGGCCAGAUCCUUACCAGGAAGGGACUAAGAGAGGCAAGUCUUGCAAGUAAAGGAGGGAACUUCUCCAGUGCUCUGACUUUGCUUGGAACCAGGAACUUAGAAGGGAAGGAGGAGGAGAUUUGCAAUAGCCUUUCAAGUACCCAAUCUCAAACUCCCACCUUUAGUCCUGCUGCUUAGGCUGUGUGAUCCUGUUCCCAUUACAGCAGCAACAGAAGAUUAAACUUUGUCCUCCUGCUUAUUGGCUGAUGUCACAAGCGAUGCCAGCUGAUGGGUAGAUGGGCACAGUUUGCAGAAAAACUUGUGGCAAGCAUGGUUUGAGUUAAAAUCUGGCCAAGCUGAAUUGUGCUCCUUGCAUGGAUGUAACAGUUGACUGCUGCAGUUCAGUAAGUCUCUGGGUUUUCAAGAUCCAUAUUAAUAUGGGUGCUAAUUCCUUCUAGGAUACUGCCCUGCUGAUUUUAUUGACAGCAGAGGACACUGUUUAGUUCCCAGUGUAAGAGUCAACUUUUGUAUGUGAAAUUGGGAUAAGUUGGAGCAAAAUGUCUUGACGCUUGCUCCACACCUACAGUUCUCAUAACUGUGUGUACUAAAAAUAAUAAUUUCCAAGUGCAGACAUUGCUUCCUAAUUAAACAGUGACAUCAUUUUAUUCAAUCCUACAUCUUUAAUCAAGUAAUGAAUUGAUCAAUUAAUAUCUGCAGCUUUGCUCUGCUAAUCUUAGAUUUCACAGUAGGCGAGGUGGCAAAUGUAAAGCACCGUGCAACAAUUUUGUUUUUAAGUACCUGAAUAGCAGAAAUAGUAGAUCUUUCUGCCAUCCAAAACUUGCCCUGAAGCUAUUUACACAUGUAGCUGGCAAAGCCUUGUUGAAUAAAGAUUUGGAAGCUGUACUGCUAGAUAGCAAAUCUGAUAGCCUUGGCUUUGUUUUUUUUUCUUCCUCCCCCCCAGGAGAAGAACAUGACCGUCUCGGACAUCAACACACUUACUAGACAAAAAGAACUGCUGUUGCAGAAGUUAAGUACUUUUGAGGAAACCAACCGUACGCUCCGAGACCUGCUUAGAGAGCAACAUGGUCGAGAGGUGAGUGAGGACCGAAACACCUGCUCUUUGGUACUGAUUCCUACUUUUCUUUGGACUCGACCUAAAGAACUGUGUGCGGAGCAAAUAUGCCUGCUAGUAGUUUUGCACAAACAGGGUAGUAGAAGUGCAUAGUGCUGUCAUGGGUAAAUUCCUAUCUGGUUCUCAAAAUCUGCUUAUGCAAGAGGAAGCUGUCUUCUACUGAGUAGGCCUACUGGUACAUCUGACUCGUCUCCCUCAGUGGUAGCUAUUGUGGUGCCUCUAGAAUCUAGAUCAGGGAUAGGGAACCUAAGGCCCAUGGGCUACAAGCGGCCCAUAGGGGUGGUUUAACCAGCCUACAAGCCGCCCCUGAACCAAGCCACCAUGCAGCACCUGAAAUCGCAUCUGCACAGACACCGGAAAUCGAUGUUGAACAAGCUCUUGCUAGCCCUAGCUGUCAUGGCCAGUGGUCAGGGUUUGGUGGUCCUUGUGGUCCUUGUGGGUUCCCUAUCCCCACCCUGAGUCUUCAGAUUUUGUGAGCCCAGUUUGAUACAGUGCUUAUACACAAGGUGUAGGGCAGCCCUUUGGUGUGACAGAAGGCACCUCUGGAUUACAUUUUCUGCAUGAUGAUUGUGUUUGACUAUCUGGUAUGUUACACCAGAGAAUCCUAAACUGGUCCAAGAAAACCCAAAUUUUCUGAUCAAAAUAUCUAGGCAGAUUGCAAUGCUGAUCAUUCUCACAGUCAGCUUGAAGUGUCUUGGAUUGCUUGUUUUAUGUUUGCAAGAAACACAAGUCUGAAGCUGGGAUAUUUUUGGUAGGGAGCAUGGUGAUGACGGGUGACCUUAUGGUUAAACAGCAAGGGAAAGAAAUGCAGAGCACAAGGCUUUUCCUUUCCUGCGUGCAGCUUUCGUUAACUUGCGUGUGCACAUUUUUGAGGUAGUAGCUGUUCGAAAAAACAAAUGGCAAGGCUUUUGGGAUUCAACAUGUGGCACCAGAUGCCACCCGAACUUAAAUGUGCAAUUGGCAAGAGAAAUGGUUACAGCAGGGGUAGCCAACAUGGUGCUUCCCCCAUUUUUCUGGACUCCAAAUCCUGUUGUGCCUGAAUAUGGGCCACUCUAGUCUGACAGCUACUAGAAGGCACCGUCUUGGCUAUCCCUGGAUUACAGUUAACACAGUACUUCCUGCUUUCUAUACUCUCCCCCUAGGGAUGGCCACCUCAAUUUUUCCAUGGUGCCCUUAAGACUUAAUUACCCUUUCCCAACUUUCAAAAAAGAUUUUAUGAUUGUGUGUGGUGUUGAAUUGUAUUUCUUUAAUUUGCUGUUUUCAUUUCAUUUCUUUAAUUUGCUGUUUUCAUUUCUGAUUACUUUAGAAUAAUCUUGGAAGCUCUUUAAUCAAAAGGGCUGCCUAUUAGUCUCCUGUAUACUGUAGUAAUAACACACGGACGCAAUUUUGCUUAUUUUGUACACCACUGUAGUGUUUCAUAAUGUUAGGUUUGCUAGCAUUAGGGAAAGGGGCACAGAGCGAUAGUUUUCUUUUUCUUUUCUUUUUUUUCUUUAAAUUUUUUUAUUAGGUUUUACAAUUUAAAUUUAUCAUAGUCACAUAAAUCAUAUAAAAACAAAAUUCAAGCAACCCAUUCCCCCCCCACCCCCGACUUCCCUCAACUUCCUCUUUCUGGCUUUUUGUACAUACAAUACUACUGCUUACAUUAUGUUAUUUUAACUUUGUAGUCUUUUAUUUACAUAUAUUCUCAUUACUAUCAUUUUAUAUCAUUACGAUAUACCGUAGUUUUCUUUUUGGUGCAGAAGUCAGCGACACACAGACCCCUUUCAGAAGCAACACCAUCAUUGCUCUGCAAAAGCCAGCCCUAUAGGAAAAGGGAUGGAUUAUUUUUUUAAAAAACCUUCCUUUUUGGUUUCUUCCUCUCUCUCUUUAACACUUUCUGCAGAAAGACUCUCAGAAGUUGGCUGAGCAGCAGGCGCAACUAAUGAAGAGGCUUAGUGAAGCUGAUGCCGAAAAAGCGGUAAAUAUAUGCCAGAAAUUCGCUCUCUGUGUUUCUUGCCUGUAUAUUGAAGGAACUUAAGAUUAUGUUCUUGAAACAAAAUGCUGGGUUCUUGCCUGCGGACAAAGUGCUGUGCCUGAAGCAGGAAAACCAGGUUGCCCUGGAGGUGCAACUGGAGCAUUAGUUUUCUAAUGAAGAAAUGGCACUUGCCUCAGUUCCUUGAUCUGUAAAAUGGGGGAAAUAAUCCACCUAGGGCUGUUAUAAGGACAAUUGAGGACCAGUUCAUCAAUUAACAUACAUCUGUUGUAAACAGUCCCCAGAGGGAAAUGAAUCUUUGUUCAGUUCUUCUGCCUCAUGAAGCUUUUUAUUAUUUUUGUUACAGGUGAUUCUCAGCUUACAUGGGGGUUAUGUUCCAGGGUAAAGCAAAAAUCAUGUAUAGGGAAAAUGCAUUGGGUUCAAUGGCAGGUGGGAUUGUGAAAUUCCCCCCACCUCCCGGCCACCCGAGGUUCUGCACCCUUUCUAUAAAUUUUUAUUUAUUUAUAUUUGCACACAAGUCAAGCAUGUGUUAGUUGCAAGUUACCUUUACGUAUUUCAAUUAGUUAUCCACCCUUCAUCAUAGGCUUGUUGGGUUGGGUUACAUCAACGUUUAGAAAUGGAGCCUCAGUUUGCUCACUUUCCUGUUUCUUCCUUUACUUUGCUGUUGCGUCUGUUAGAUUAUAAGCCAGCAGUAAGGGCAGCUUUGUAAACAAGUGCAAAACAGUUACAUGCCCGCAAAAGAAAAUUAAUAAUACUAGCCUGCUUUUCCGGGGGCGGGGGUGGAGUGUUCCAUCCCUCCAGCAGCCUGCUUCAUUUCUGUGCUGGGCACAGGGGAGGAAGAAGCCCUCUGGCACUCCACCACCGGCUCACUCCGUGGCCUACAUGGGGUUCCUUCUCGCCUAUGGCUACCAGGCUAGUACUUAAAUACAAGAUUGAAGUUGGGGUUGCUUGGUUGUUGCAGUUGUUGCACAUCACCAAGGAAAUUUUGAACACUUGACAAAUAAUUACUAUCGUCAACCACUGUGGGCUCUCUGUUUUGCAGCAAUUGGUAAAAAAACUGCAAGAGAAAGAAAAAGAAGUUGAUGAUCUAAUGGUUCAGAUACAGACGGAAAAGGUAAGUUUUUUUCCGGAGGCAUUUUAUGCUGUGAGAUGAUGAUGAUGAUUUAUUUCUACCCUGCCCAUCUGGCUGGGAAAUGUCUACCUGGCUUCCCAAUGAAAUUGGGGGGCAAUAGGGUGAAGAAAUCAUCUUAUGGACCUGUUUCCCUCCCUGCUCCCUUCUUUUAGGACCAAGCAAAGACUGCAUCUGAACUCUCCAAAUCCAUGGAAGCCGUGAGGGGCCACCUGCAGGCACAGCUGCGCAACAAAGAAGCUGAGAAUAACCGCCUGCAGAUCCAGAUCCGGGUACAGUACCUUUGUGAUAUUGAGCAAACAGUGCCUAGUGCUCUACAGUCAGCCAGAUGAAGUGGUACAGUGGACUUCUCAGGUUGGGGGAUGGAGGAAUACAAUUAUUAUUUUAAUGUUCCUUUGAACGGUUUGUGCGGUUUUAAGUUAGUACACUAAGAGGAAGACUGUGCAGAGUUUUUCCUCUGGUAUGUGGUCACCUACUAUGUGCAGAGGGCUUUUAACAGAGGAGCGCAUUCGAAAGAAAAGUGUCACUACCUCUCCGGCACAGUCCAAAGUGGUACAGUUUAUUCUGCCAUCACAAAAUUCAGCCACCUCAUUUUGCUGCACGUUUAGACUAGGCCCAAGUUCAGAAUAGAUUGUAGUGAAUGAGGGGAUGGGGACCCAUGGCAUUGGGUCACACACAGAAUUCUAUGCAUUCUGCAAACAGGGGGACGGGCCAUUUAUUCCAGCAGGGGUAUGGUUAACUUUUCGAUGAAUGGAAGCAGUUUGCCACGUUCCAUGAAUACAGUCACAUUGUGGCCCAACUUGCACCCCAGUUUCCCCAGACUCUAUGCAUACCACACCCAAUAAUUAAAUUCUAAAACCUGGAUUUUGCAGUGCCCUCAUGGAAUUCAUUUAUUCAUGUGAGUUGAGCUUUGCUCAGGCUGUGGAAGCCCUGGCUUUUUCUCAAAGUGAUGGUCUCAGAACAAGGAAGUUGUUUCAGACAAAAGGGAGCCUCUUAAAAUAGUGCCUACUGCCUGCUGUUUUUAUAAGUUCUUAUAUUAGAAGUAAUUCAUAAAAAAACUGCCCAGUUAAACAGUGGUUCUUUUGUAUUUCUAUGUAGGACAGUACUUAGCUAGAUGUACCAUUGGUCUCACUCAGUUUACUUGUGCUUCCCAUGCUGAUGGAUGCUUCCUGUCCUCUUACAUAGCUACUUAUAAACUUUUAGCUGGUGUUUUUUUCUGCUAAAGAAUCCAGUAGUUUCUUGAGCCACUUUGGUCUUUAGGUUUAUUAAAUUUGUGCAUCACUUCCCGCUAAAAGGUCCUGAAGCAAGAAAAAUAGGAUAGAAUAAUAAAAUUACAGAAACAGACAUAUCAUGAAUGACAAUAUAUAUAACAAUAUAAUUUUAAGGGACGUGGGUGGCGCUGUGGGUAAAACCUCAGUGCCUAGGACUUGCCGAUCGCAUGGUCGGCGGUUCGAAUCCCCGCGGCGGGGUGAGCUCCCGUCAUUCGGUCCCAGCUCCUGCCCACCUAGCAGUUCGAAAGCACCCCUAAGUGCAAGUAGAUAAAUAGGUCCCGCUUUCUAGCAGGAAGGUAAACAGCGUUUCCAUGUGCUGCGCUGGUGCUGGCUCGCCAGAGCAGCUUCGUCACACUGGCCAUGUGACCCGGAAGUGUCUUCGGACAGCGCUGGCCCACGGCCUCUUAAGCGAGAUGGGCGCGCAACCCCAGAGUCGGUCACGACUGGCCCGUAUGGGCAGGGGUACCUUUACCUUUAUAAUAUCAUUUAGGUCAGAAGUAGGGAAAGAAGGGUACAAAAACUUGGGGUUCUACAGUGGUUCUGCAUCUGUUCUAGCAUCCUGCCCCAGAGCAGUGGUUUGCCCUAGAUCCUCCAGAAUAAAUAGACAGACAGCUAGAGAUUAUAGUAGAAACUUUUGGUGGUAGGAAUAAGUGUGAAGAAAGGGGUGACAGAACACAUCUUCCUUCUAUAUACCAACUGAGCAAAAGAUGCAGAACUAAGACUGUGUACAGCUAGUUUUACUAGGUCUUUGGAUAGUAUAAGACUGGCCUGAGACAUUUCUCUAUGUUGCCUUGCUCUGCUCUCAGCUCUUGCAGGGAGGAAAAGUUAGUCUUUGGCUGCCUGAACCGCAAUUAAUUUCUUCAUGUACCCUGAUUGCCUUCCUUUCAGAAUCUGGAGCGUGUUGCAGCUCAGCACAAGGCAGAAGUGGAAAAUAUCAUGGAACAGCUGAAAGAGCUGAAGACGAAGACUGAGCGUGACAAGGACGCCCUGAAGAAUGCAAUCAAGGCCCAGAAAGAGCGAGCGGAGCGCAGCGAGGAGUAUGCAGAUCAACUGAAUGCCCAGCUGGCAGAAAAGGUGAUGGUUGCUCUGGUGCCUCCAUGCCAGGGCAUCACUUACUAUUGGGCCAAAGUUUUGUGGAGUGGCCUCCCCACACCAUUUAUUUUUUUCAUUUGAGGACACCAGCAAUAAGGACGGAAGCAUGUUACCUGGGAGCUCCCCAUAGGCUUAUGUACUUCCUCCCCAUCUUCUUCUUCCUUCUGUUCUUCUCACCUUCCCUUCCUGUCCAACAUUAAUAUGGCUUGGUGUUAUGAUGCACUGGAGAUAAAUGACAACUGUGGUUAGUUCUCAACCAAAACAGCUUUUAAUUCUUGAUUUAAAGCAAAGUAUAAUCAAAGUCAUCGCUGCAGAUGUAACUCUGUGCCACCCUUGUGAAAGCUGAAAAGGAAAAGAAGGGGAGAAUCUGCAAAGGGAAUGAGCACGCUGUUGACCACUUAACUUGGUUAGGACAUUGAGGAGCAUUUGAUCUGUAUUGGGCUUGCCUUGAUCUUCUAGGCUUGGCUUUGGCUGAAGGUGGCUAGAAGUACAGGGCUGCUGUGAAAGUCUACAGUGGACCCUCCGGAUACGAACUUAAUUCGUUCUGGGGGUCCUUACGUACCCCGAAAAGUUUGCAACAUGAGGAGCUGCUACUGCGCACUCAUGUGGCACGAUAGAGCACUUCUGUGCAUGUGUGCAUGGCAAAACCCAGAAGUAUACACUUCCAGGUUUGCCACGUUCACAACCCAAAAGUUACGUUACCCAAAGGUCCAUUGUAUUUGCUUUGUACAACUUGUCAUUAGUGUGGGGUGUCAGAUGAGUUCUUGUUUUCUAUGCCAAACAAUGUGGCUGCUCUUCUAACCUUGCCUGUUGCCUUGCUUGGCAGGACAACUAUGUUGCUGAGGCGUUGUCCACCUUGGAAUCAUGGAGAAGCCGCUACAACCAGGUGGUGAAAGACAAAAGUGAUCUGGAAGUCGAGAUUGUGAUGCUGAACAGGUGAGAGCUGUGCUGUCCCAUUUGGAGCUGGCUCCCAAAACGGCUCGCGUGGAGGGAUGGAAUGGGAGGGAUGGGAGGCAGCACAACACUCAGAUCCAAAAGAUUACUGUGGGCUCCUGAAGAAGCUACUGGGCUCCAUCAGCCCCAGCCAGCAUAGCCAAUUGUUUGGGGUAGAGGGAAUUUAAUGUCCAACAACACUGCAGAGCUACAGGUUCCCCAUCACUGCAUUACUCUCUUUUUAGUUAGUUAAGAAGGUGAUGGCCAUAUGUCCUGGCUCUCUGUCAUUUCUGUUUCCUCCAUGACUUGUGACUGCAAUUCUGCCAGCUCUGUGAUUUUUGGAUUUUUUUAAAAAAAUCGAUUCAGAACUGUGUUGUGUACAGCAUAUAAUCCUGUUGGUGCUCUGUGCUAAAGGGGGUUCAAAUUGUGCGAGUUUGCAAUAAGUCACAGAAUGCUGGUAUUGGCUUCUUUGCAUUUAGUCUGCUUUCAAGGCCUAAGUUGUCAAAGAAUGUGGACUUCUUUGCAGAAAGGCUGAAGGAAUGACAGGAGAUCAGGUUAUGAAACGGGGUGCGGGGUAUGAAAGACAACAGUUGCCUGCAGGGAGGACAGUCUGGUCUGAAAAGUGUUCCGAGGGCCAGAAAGAGAUGCUAGUGGGCCCUCAGAUCUGACAUUAACCACCCCAGUGUAGUGAAACAGGCAAGUAAGAGCCUUGCACAAAAAAAUUACUGCCAGUAAAGACAGAGAAGUUGAAUCUCUAUUUAUGUCUGUCAGGUAUUUUAUAAAUUUUGUAAGCCACUCUUGGUAUGUUCUUUUAAAUGGAAACUUUGAAAUUACUUUUUUUAAAACUUAGCAAAUAAAAAUAUCCAGUAUUUCACUACUGACAUUAUGAGACAGAUCAGUAUGAUUUUUGAUUGUGGACUUGGGUUUAAAUUCCCUAAUAUGAAAGAAGCUAAGUCCAUUAAUUAAUAUUUAGCAAAUCUAAGUAUUCUAUACAAUUGCCAAAACCGAGGAAUAUUCUUGCACAGUGGUUGUUCCUAGGAUCCAGAUAGCUUGAGUGCAAAGGGGAAUCCAUUAGGAAAUCCAAAGUGAAAUGAUUCCAGUAGCUGCUCCUUGGCAUUUGGGGUGUCAGAAGAUGUUUGUCUCCCCUGGAGGCCUGGGUUGAAAUUGUGACCAAGCCUUCUUAGCUCAAUUCAUAAUAUCCGGGCUGGCAUACCAUGGUUUGUUUUUUGCAUUUCAAGUUAGGAUGGUAGACUAGGAUUUGAUCUCAGUUUGACAUUAGGUGUGAACUAAUCCCAUGUCUUCCAAAGAUCCUGUGCCCCUUACAUGCAAAGCUUGAUAUAUUUUGGCUCUCUAAAGGGAGAUUGAGACUGCUCUUCCCAUGUGAAUAGUAGCACAGUUGGGUGGACUUACCUUAGAGUGAAUUCCUAGGUCUGGUUCUUUUCAAGUUCCUUGGCCAAAUGAAAGGGGAUGGGUUGCAUGUGGGAAGCUGCUCUAAUUUUUCCAGAUUAUUGAUAAAUAUAUAAACAUUAAUCUCUUUGCUGCAAGAGAAAGCAAAGAGAUAAUGAUUGGCUCAAGGUCACCCAAGCUUUGUGGUUGUGUGGGGAUGUGAACCUAUGUGCAUCUCUUCCAGUCCUAGUGCAACACCCUAACCCAACACUGGCUGUCUCUAACAGGGGCAGGCUGUCUGUCGCCCUUCAGUUGUUGUUAGAUUCCCAUCAGCCCCAGCCAACAUCUGGAGGGCCAUAGAUUUCCCUCUUCUGCUAUAUGGGAAUCAUGUGCCUUAAAAUGAUUGUCAUUUUUGUGACAUUCUGCUUUGAACUGAGACUGCGUCUUUCUUCCUUGGACUAAUGUAUCUUUCCCUGACAUGUAUUCAAGCCGUAUUUCAGACUUGAUGGAACAGCAAACCACUAUGGAAGACAAGAUGCGGGAAGACAGAGAUUCCAUGGUGGACAAAAUGCACCGGCAGGUCACAGAAAGCACCUCAUUAAAAAUGGAGAAUGAGAGGUUGAAGGUUGGUAGAGAAAAGUUCUCAUCUUCACCAUGCUGAGGCCUUCCAGAUGUUUUGGGCUACAGUUCUCAUCAGCCCAGCAUAAUGCAAUCAUGCUAGCUAGGACUGUUGAGAGUUGUAGUCCAAAACAUAUAUACUUAGGGCACAAUCUGGUCUAGUUCUGCUAGGGGCAUCUCCACCAUCCUUUUUAAAUAACUUCCAAUCAUUUCAGUGGAGAUAGUGCUGGAGAUGUUCCACAUGGGAUUUGUUUGUUUGUUUAUUUUAUUGCAUUUUAAUCCCAUCUUUUUUCCAAGGAGCUCAAGGUGGUGUACAUGCUUCUCCCCAUUCCUCCUCUUUUUAAAAAAAUCAUUUUUAUUAAUUUUCCAAUAAAAAACAUCCAAUUAACAUAUCCAAUCAUAAUCCAAUUAAAAUAAAAAACUAAAAUUAUAAAAAGACCAAAUUAUAAUCCAAAUUGUAAGUCUGGAUCUCUGAAGCAUAUAUCCAAAUCUCAGUCCUGCCUCUCCUCAUUGUUUCCAUAUUUUCCACAACCCGAUUUUAACGCUUUAAAAUUCUCCAUCCCUGGCUCUGCGAUUCUCAAUUAUGUCAAACAUCAUAUAUCCUUUCAUCCAUCAAAUACAGCUUUAUUUGUGUAUAUAUAUUUUUUCCAACUGUCUUUUUGCCAGUGCAGCUUCCCCUGACUCUAUUCCAGUCUGGGCUGUUAUCCAAGUCCCCCCCCCCCUUCCUCCUCUAAUGCCCACAACAACCUGGUGAUGUAUGUUAGGCUGUGAGUGAGUGACUGGCCGAAGGUCACCUGGUGAGCUUCGUGGCCGAGUGGAGGAUUCGAACCCUGGUCUCCCAGGUUCUCGUUGACAGUCUUAACUGCCUACGCCAGGAAGGAGAUGCUUGUUGUAUAGCCCAGCAGCCCUUUCUCUUCUGACUGAACACGUCUCUCUUCUGGUUCCUCCAGAAUAGCAUUAUUCCGGUGGAGGAAAAGUUGAAUAAAGCUCAGCAGGAAAUAGCAAUGCUCAAAGCAUCCCUCAAGAACUACGAAGGGACAAUUGAAAGUUACAAGAACCAGGUACUGCUCUCAAAAGACCUUUGGCACCCUCUUUCCUUCUUCGUCUUCUGGCAGGAAUGCCCUGCUGAGCUCCAAAACCCUGGAACUUGGGGCGUGCGGCAGAGCUGCAUUUUGGUUUUCAGGCAUUCUGUGUCUUUUGUCUAAGCAAGUACUUGGCAAUUUCUUUUCUAGAUACUUGCAAGAGGUGGGGGUACCUGAUAAGCACCUGCUCUUCUUCCUUUGUGUUACUGAAAGGAUUUGAAGUUGGUCUGUUUCAUUUUGUAGCCCUCUAUUAUUGGGGAACUGAAUGUAGAAAUAGUAUAUAUCUUUUAAAAAAAUACCUCUACCCAAGAUGGAUUACAAUAUUUCAAAAUCUGAAAGGUGCCUAAUUGUAGUAGUAAUUAAAAAGCACUAAACAAAUGCACAUCAAAUACAGAGAACAAUUUGAGAGCUGCAGAACAUAAAAUAGGCUUAAACUGGUUAGUUUUCUCAAGCGUUUCCGAAGGCUUUUCUUACUUGAGCUUGAGCUUCUCUCACUCUGUUCUUAAAGGCAAUGAAAGACUUGGGUGAUGCAGAUGCCUUGGCUUAGGCUAGGCUCAUAAAUGGCAACCUUUACCAAGACCCUUCAGAAGACUACAGCUUCCAUCAGACCAAGGCAGCACAGCUGUAUGAUGCUGCAGAUGAUGGGAGUUGUAGUACAGAACAUCUGGAGAGGACUCCAGCUUGGCAAAGGCCGAUGAAGAGGAAAGCCAGCACCUGUAUAAGAGCCUUGUCCACUAAUUUAGAGUACCUUUUUAUUAUCUGAACUGUCACACUUGAAAGGGGUUUGUCUCACCUUGUAGUGAAAUUGGGCUCUUUCAAAGUCUACGCAUAAAGGGCUUGCAUGCAGGAGUAGCUCACAGAAGAAUGGUCCCUGUACAUUUUGCCUCAUAUAUAACAGGUUCUACAGAUGCUAGAGAUUUAUUUUUUUAAAAGAAAAGCUAGGAAUCUGGAGAUUAUGGCUCAUUAUGGAUCCCCAUGCCUCCAGAGCUUUUCUAUUGCUGGGUGUGUGGUGUUGUGUUUUUUUAAAGAAACAAUGGGAGGAUUCAUUAUGUUGUAUCUUGCCCAGUCAGAGUGAUUCACAGAAUGAUGGCCAUUGUGGCAUUAACCUACAGUCAUGAGCCCAUCACUGUGGAAUUAUGAGGAGUAGAGCUGUAGGGUAUGGAUUUCAGAAUUAUAUUCCACUCUUGGUAUUUAGAGAGGAAAUUGUCUCUAAAAUAUGAACCAAAGGCACCUGUAUAGGUUAGAGCAUGGGUAGGCAAACUAAGGCUUGGGGGCUGGAUCCGGCCCAAUCGCCUUCUCAAUCUGGCCCACGGACGGUCUGGGAAUCAGCGUGUUUUUACAUGAGUAGAAUGUGUCCUUUUAUUUAAACUGCAUCUCUGGGUUAUUUGUGGGGAAAUAGGAAUUAGUUCAUUCCCCCCCCCCCCCAAAAAAAAAUAUAGUCCGACCCACCACAUGGUCUGAGGGACGGUGGACCGGCUCAUGCCUGAAAAAAGUUGCUGACCCCUGGGUUAGAAGUAGAGUUUAUGUGUUCUAACAAAAAUGGAGAAAAGCAGUUCAGCAGGGCAGGUGGGUGUGUCUCCCUCUGAGUUCUGACUCCUUUAGGUGAGAACAUAACUGCAAUGACUUUUAUUUUGAGGACUGAUUAAAAAAUGGAGUGUCUAUGUGAACAAGACUUUUAAUACUUUCUCUUCAGAUUUCUCACAGUUGCAUUCACUAAACCCAAACUGAAACAUGAUUAAUUCAGUUCCAUUUGAUAAAGUAGCUGCUGUACAUGUUUGCUUCUCCUUAAAAAAACAACAACCCACCAACAUCUUUUCCCCAGGUGCUGAAAACGCGAAUGGAAGCUGAUGAGGUGACUGUGAAACUGGAGCUUUGUGAGAAAGAGAACAAAUCAUUGAAAGAAGAAAUGACCAAGGAGAUUGAAAAUGUAAGUGUCUGGUCCAAGCUGUAGACGAGCCAUAAAAUCUGGAGGUUUCAAGUGUUGUAGUUCCUGCACAGGAACUUUUCGUGGGGUGUGGAAGAGAAGGAGCAGACUAGUACCUCACAAAAACAUGAGAGGAAGACGGAUUGUACAUUUUGCAUCGUAUUUAUCAGUUUCUACGAAUGUUAGAAAUUCAGCCUCAUUGUUAUCAGAUCAAUAGGUCUUGUGGCCAAGCAUUCUCUGUUAUCUUUAAUUCCUGCUUUUUGCAUUCUUGCUCACAGGCUCGUAAGCAGUUCCAGAGUCAGGUUGCUGAGCUAGAAAAGCUUCCCGAGAUCUUGAAGCUCACAGAGUCUAAACUGGCUGAGUGUCAGGAACAGCUAAAGAGUUACGAGAAGAAAAAUAUGGACCUGUCAGCCAUGAUCACAGACCUCCGUCAGCGGGUAAGGGAUUGGCAGAAGGUGCCCACACGAACCUCGAGCCGAGGACCAAAAUGAGCCUCUAGCAUCAAGAAAAUGCAAUCUUUGUCUCUUGUCUCGUCUCUUUUUGAAAUGAUUAAACAUCUGCACUGCAGAAUAAAAGGACGUGUGGCAUGUCUUUGUUUUGCUAUCUGCAUUUAAGCCUUCUGCUUUUCUCAGUCCACCAACACCUUCUCUGGCAAGUUAACAAAUGGGUAGCCUUGUGAAAGCAUGCAGUUAAGAUCCACCAGCCCCCUUCACGCUUUUACUUGUGGGUCCUUCCUUCAUAUGGCAAGGCAUAGGUUUCCCAGGGUUCUGUGUAAUUGCAGUUCAAGCUAGAAACUUAAAUUCAUCAACAAAAAGUCAAAUUUCUAGUCCUCAUGACGGAGAGGGAUGAAAAUUUGAUUAUGGUUAGGCAGGUCUCUAGGCACUGAGUGGGAUGGAGGAAUCAAAACUGCCAACCAGAAUAUUUGCACAUGUUGGCUUGUUUUGCGUAAUUUAUUUAUCUUGUCGCGGGGGGAGAGAGAAGGUGCAACAUAGGCAUGGAACACUUAAGUAAUGCCAUUGGGGAUUUCUUGCUUUCAUUUUAAAGAAGGAAAUAGAAACUGUAGUUCUUAGCAUGCACUCACUUCAGUUUCUCCUCCUGUGUUGUUCAGUCUUGAAAUGUACACAUCCUUGUAAGUGUGGUAUGUGCUAAAAUUGAAAGCAAAGACCUGGGCUGUGGGUGGUGGGGAGCUUCUGAUAUUCAGCUCAUGGUGACUGGUUUAGUUACACUUGCUGAAGUUCCAGUCCUUUGGUCUUUCUGACAGUCAACACCUGGUUCCCUAAGCCUCUCUGUGUGACCUUUUUGGCCUUAAUUUUACAGCUGCUGUACUGUGCUUCCAAACUGACCCAAAUUCUUCAUCUAAAGUCUUUCUUUUUGAGCCAGAAAUCUUGAUGCACAGUAAAUCCAUGUGAAAUAAGCUCUUGGUGGAUUAAAUCAAAUACUGUUUUUUUAUAUUAAUUUGCAUAGAAUUUUUUUUUUUUUUUUUUUGCAUGGGGUGCAAACCAGCAUGAGUAUAACGCGUGUCUGGCCACAAGCACGUGAGCCUUCAUUCCUUGUCAAAGGCAACUUCAUCUUUUUAGCAACCCAUGGUUAAUUUUGCUCGGCUCCAUAAGCCUUUCCUUCUGUGUGUGUGUGUGUGUGUGUGUGUGUGUGAGAGAGAGAGAGAGAGAGAGAGAGAGAGAGAGAGAGUGAAAGAGUGAAAGAGAGAGAGAUUGUGAUUUUUCUCUCCUUCGGGGUUUGCCUCAAUCUGUGUGUGCUUCACUUUGCUUGCAGGUGGCUGGCGGCUCAUUUGUGCAGCGCUGAGAAGAAAAAAAUUCAUGCUGGAUCAAAAUAGGCUCAGAAAAGGCCACAAAAACAGGAACACGUACAGUGCUUAAUGUGUGCAACAGGAGGUGCCUGGGCUCAUCCCUGCCCUGCAGCCAUCCCUCUGACCAGUGAGGUUGAGGGUGUAUGUGAAGGGGGUCGCUGAUUAUAGUUGCUUAGUGGUGAGGCAAAGACCCCUACCUCAGAAGGCUGUUUUUAAUUUUACUCCGUGUCCCACCUCCUGGUACUGAAAUCAGAUUCUGCUCCUGGGGUUUGGUCUUAAAGCACACAAGGCCAUCACCUUGCUGAAGCUAAGUAGCUUUGGGUCUGCUCAGUACCUGGAAACCACAUGUGGUUGACCUUCCAUGGUGGAAGAAGAAAGGUGCAAUGUAAACAGUAACAUUAAAUAAGCACCAAAUGAGCCCUGGUCCACUUAAGCCCUGAACAUGGUAGUUUUUUCUGCUCCUUUUCUCUCUUUGUCUGUCUUUGUGUCUCUCUUCAUGACUCCAUUCUUGUUUCUCUAGGAAAUAUAGAAUGGGAGAAAAUGGGCAGCACCUGUCACUGGUAACUUGGAAAGGCCUUGAAGACUUUACACAUUUUCUACCUUUUCCCCUUCCUAUUUUUUAAACCAAUCUUUCAUUUUCAUAUAUUGAAUUACUAUGGUUUGAUUUAAUUGUAUUGAUUGUUUUGAUGAUUUAUUGUUGCCGUUUGCUUUAUUUAUAUGAUGCUGUGCUUGAUAUUAUAGUGAUUGCAAUGUCUGUUGCUUUGUUAAUGCCCAUGUUAGCUGCUUUGAGCUGAACGCUUGCUGCUGGAAAACCGGAAUACAAAUAUUAAAUCAAGUCAAAUCAAAUUUCAGAUUGAGCUUCAGGGAGACAAGAUGGAGAUGAUGAGAGAGAGGUAUCAGUCUGCCCAAGAAGAGAACAAGCAGCUGAUCCUCAAGCUUGAAGAGCUGGAGAGGUUAGGAGCAAGUGGGGAGGAUGCCGCUUUGUCAAGGAUGGGAGCAGAGUGAUCAAAACUGAAAGGCUGUGUUGUGCAAAUGUUUUCCUGUGCGUAUAGAUCAAUCAGGUGCUGUAUCAGUGUUGAGUAUGGAACUCUGUAGUCUUGUCAUGGAUGCUGGGCUUGGUGGUGAUGGUGGGGAAGACAGUUGUUCUGGUUGGCACACCAUGCAAAGCCCAAACCAUGGCUCAGCGUGAACAUAGGGAGCUCAGGAGAGGAGUUCACAACUGAGUCACAGCAGAGUUUUGCUGCUGCCUGCAGUGAUCUUUGUAAGUCUGGACCUGCGGUCAGACUUUAACUCUCUCCAGAUUAACUGUUGGCGGUAGCUAGGGUUUGUCCUUUAGUUCCUGGCUUGUGGAUUGCCUGGAAGAGCUAAGCUACAAGCCUGGGUUUCGGUGACAUGCUAAGCCAAACUGUGGUUUCAUUCAGUGUGAUGCAGCAGCAAAACAACCAGGGAGAAACAAAAUGGCUACAAUCUCCUCUUCAGCAUUUGCGCAAAGCCAUGCUUUGGCUUACUGUGACAUGUGAACCAGGCUCCUGGCAGUGUUGGGAAGGCAAAAAGUGAAGGCCUCUUGCAUUCCAAAUGUAGGUUAAUAACGUAUUGGCUUGAAUAUAAGCCUCACUUUCCCACCAGAUUCCGACCGUGAAAAGUUAAAGUGCAGCUUAAAUUUACGACCUUACAAGAAUUGGCUUUUACGAUAUCGCUGCUGAAACAUACAUACGGUAAAAUGGAAUGCGUGUGAGUGCCUGUGGAAUUUUAAGGGAGCGGCUUAUAUUCGGGUAUUGUGUCCCGUCCCCCCCCGUCCCCCGAAUUUUAAAGGUGCGGCUUAUAUUCGGGUGCGGCUUAUGUUCAGCCCAAUACGGUAUACUUUUUUGUGGGGUGGGGGGGAGACUAGAGGGAGGAGUCAAGGAACUGUAGCAAUUUAUGUAGCUAUAUGCUUUCCACAACCUGCCUCUUAAGAUAGCUGCUGGUUCCUAGGACCAGUCUCCUGUGGGCAGCACUAAUGAUCAGUUCUCAUGAGAGCACGUUCAGCCAGACCUCUUCAGAAGCACUGGAACUAAAGCAGACACAUAGAGCAAAACAAAUGCAAUGUUCUGUUGCAAACCGCUGUUGCUUGCUGAUGGCUUCACAUUAAGGAGGUCUGGAAAUCAAAUCUCCAGCUAAAAAAUCAUGGUAGCUGGGAAAGAUGGGGAAGGAAAUCCCUUUUCCCACCUAAGGCUUUGGAGAACUGCAGGCGGGCAGUGCUGGCAGCUGAUGCUAGGCAGAAAUGAUGGUCUGACUUGGUGCUUAGCACAUUCCUUUGCAAUAUAAGUGUUGUCAAUAGGCCUGUGUUUGCUUUUCACUAGAGCUGUGGCUUGAUCAGACAUUGUAUUCAAACAAGUUGUUGUUGUUGUUGUUUCCAGAAAAUUGCUUAUCGGCAAAGCAGCAAUGACUGUGCUGGCCACCUGCAGUUCCUAUGCGGGAUGGGGAGCCAACAUCAUACCCUUCAAAUGUUGCUGGACUCCAGUUGCCAUCAACCUUUGGCCAUACUGGAUGAGACUCAAGAGUCCACCAGCCCCUGGAUGGCAUUACAUUGGCUAUACAGCACACACACACACACACACACACACACACACACACACAAUGGUACCCCCAGUUGCAGACGGGAUCCGUUCUGGAGCUCCGUUCAGAUUCUGAGGUUUCUGCAACUGCAAGGACCACUUCUGCACAUGCACACACAGCAGUACUGUACUUCUGUGCGUGUGCACGCAGCAAAACCUGGAAAAAUACUUCCGGGUUUGCCACAUACGUAUCCCAAAGGAUACGUAACCAGAGGUGAAAGUAAGUAGAGGUACCACUGUAUAAAGUAUCACCUAUCAAAACUUAUUUACAGGCACAUCUAGUCUAUUUAAAUGUUGAGCCCUGUUUUGAUUGGCAUAUACCCAUGAAUCUUCCUUGUGGUUGCAAUUCAGGAAGCUUGAAGCAGCAAGCGGUCAGAAUAUAGAAUUUAUCCAGGUCAUAGCGAAAAGGGAGGAGUCGAUUCAUCAGGCCCAGCUGCGACUAGAGGAGAAGACCCGGGAAUGUGGCGCCUUGGCUCGCCAGCUGGAGAUAGCAAUUGGCGAUGCCAAGAGGCAGGUUGGUACCUCCCACUGGGCAAUGAGUCUGAAGGAGCAUUGCAUUGGGAGCGGAAUUCUCUUCCCUGAAGUGAUCAGUGAGAAGAUGCUUUAGUACAAGCGGUGGGGGAUCUCAACCCUGGAUCCCAAACGUGGUCCUUGGGACUCUCUAUGCUUCUUCCAACCCUGCUCUGAGUGUCCUCCUUGCAUGGUUUUGCUCAGCAGUUCCUUGCAGGAAUGUGUCCUUGAACUGUGGCAAUGCCUCACUUACCUGGAAGGAGGCAGAGGUGUCUGUGGCUGGAAAUGUAGCCCACUGUACAAAAGUCCCCUCCACAUGCCUUGGCCAUCACACCCAUGAGGUGAGGCAGCAAGAUUCGCAGGGGCAGCGGAUUCAGCCUUCAGAUAAUGUGUCUCCUGUUGCCGCAGCAGCAGCUUCCUGGUGAGCAGGAGGCACUGCUAGUCACCUGCCCCUAGGGAGCAAAUGGCAGGGCUGCCCUCUGGGGUCUCCUGGGGUCUUCACCCACCCAGCGUGAUACAGAACAGGCACCCACCCAACCAAUGUAGAUCUUUAUUCUCCCCAACCCCCUUCUUAAUAUAGAUCUUCACUCGCCCUUUAUUCCCCGGUGGUGGGAGAGGAGCACCAUUUUGUGGUUCGCCUAUGUGCCAAAUGUCUUGAGCCAGCCCUGCCACAGCUUUCCCCAAGGCUGCCCACCAGGGAAUUGGGUUGAAAAGAGCCCUUCCCUAUUGCCCUAGUAGGAGAUCAUGUAUAUUUGAUACACUUCCAUCCCAUCCUACUUUUGAGGAGCUCUUGAGAGCAGCCCAUGCAAGGAGCCUCUUUUCUCCUUAUAACAGCUCUGGAAGAUGUGCUCAGCUUGAGAGAGAGCACUCAAUUAAAUUGUGGGUGGAUAGGGUCCCAGCUCUCUCCACUGUAAGCAAAACACUUAGCCAUUACAUAUCCUGCUGGCUCCCAGGAAGUUUCCUGUCUCUGUGUUUGUUUGUUUGUGAUUUGAUUUUCUUUCUUCUUAGUCUUUCAUAUUAAAAGUGUGAGCUUGGUGGGGAAGAGCGGGGAAGUAUAAAUGCAAAGAUAAUAAUGUAUUGGGCCACUUGGAACUGUCUCUUGAUAUUUAAAGUAAAAUCAAUGCUCCCUCCCCGCAAUACACACAUACACACAUUUUACUUCUCCAAGUUCUUUACACCUGUUACUUUACUUGCAAACUCUUGAGAGGUGGGCAUGUAUUUUGAAGAACAUGUUUGUGUGUGUGAAGAACGUGUGUUGGCUGUAAAGCAACUCUAGUCGCGGGGGGUGGGGCGGUGAGGACAAAAAUUUCCCUCCAAUCUUGUUGCUCUUUCCCCUGCUAACAUUGCAUAUGUAGAUUAACCCUGUUUCUAAUAUAACAGGAAAGCGAAUGCUACAUUUUUUAAAUGUUUCCUGGCUUUGGAAGCUUUGGAAAAUUGGAGUCAAGCCACUCUCUUUCCCCAAAGGUUCUUGAGGGAUGCUUUUUUUUGUUUUUUUGCUAAAGCCCAAAACAUUGGUUUGUCUUGUUUCUAUUGCCUUGCCUGCAAAAGCUGGAACAAACAAGGGAACGAGCAGCAGCAAGGGAGAGAACAGCCCAGUCCAAGAUGCUAGAUUUGGAAACUCAACUGAGCAGGACAAAGACGGAACUGAAUCAGCUGCGGCGGAGCAAAGAUGAUGUGAGUGGCUUUCUGCAGCAGCACAGCUCUCUUAACUCUCUUAAGGACUUUUAGAUCCAUCCCAUCUUGUGUUUUGAUAGGGAGGCAAAGAAGUAGAUGAGUGUGGGUUGGUUGGUUGGUUGGUUUUUGGGAUUUUUCUAAUAGGAUGGAGGACAGGGAACUGAUUGGGAGCAUAGAAGAUAUGCUAAAUUGGUUAGCAGGCUGGAAUUUCUGCUUGGCAUGGUGAACUGCUACUUGCUUAUUUGAAGAAUCCAUAAUGGAUCUGGUGUAGAAAUGGGUUGAGUGUGGCAGUGAUUUCCCCCGCUUCAACCAUUUUGUUCGUCCUCAUGCAGGCAGAGUGUCGGUAUGAAAGCCGCCUCCAUGACCUGAAGGAUCGUCUUGAACAGUCUGAGAGCACCAACCGAAGCAUGCAAAGCUACGUGCAGCUCCUCAAGUCCUCUUAUGCCAAUGUCUUUGGAGACAGUGCCUUAUCUUCCUCCCCGAUUCGUCCUCGAUCUCCACUGUGAUCAAACCUUGUUCCUUAACUUCCAGGACCCUCUUGCUACAGGCUCGGCUGGGUGGACCUAUUUCAAAGCCAUAUCUGAUUUUGGAACUUAAGUAGCUCAGGGUCUUCAUCAUAUUGUUGGGGUGGGAGAUUCAUCCUGCCUUUAUGUCGGUGAUAUGGUGGCAUUAAGGGCUGCAUUGUGUAUCAUAAGCCAUGUUAAAGCGGGCCAACAAGGGGCACAUUUACCACCCCUUCUUGUCUUUUAGUGCCUUACAGAGGUUUUGAAAGUAACCUGCAGUGUUUUAAUCAUCUUUUAAUUUUAUUAAUGUUUUAUGUAUGAUUUUCUCACUAUGCCAUGAGUUUCAAAUAUCAUGUUUGUUGAAUGCAGAACAAAAUAUUUAGGUUUUUUUUAUAUAAUAAUAAAAAUUGUCAUCUGAAAAAUUGUGAACCCAUGAAAGGUUGUGUCUGCUAGCAGCAUGCCUUUGGCCAGACAUAGCUGGUGUGAAAACCAUUCCUUUUUCUUUUAAUUACAUUAUUCCAGUUUUUCUAGGGGUGAGUAUCAGUUUAAAGGUGUGAUUUCAGUAAUUGUGUAUGUGAAGGAGAAAAAGCACCCGCCCUGCUUUUUAAAGAAAGGUGUUUCAUACUAUCUGUACUCUUGUAAAGGUUCCUGGGAUCCAUUUUUCCAGAGCUGCAUAUCUCUGAUCACUUGUGAUUUUCAUGUGUGACUUUUGUGUUGAGCAGUAAUGUUUUGUUUGUAAAAUAUCCCAUGAUUUUUUGUUUUCAAUCUCUAUGUGUCUCUGUUAGUUUUAGCUUCCGUAAGUGAUGAAUAACAUCUCUGUUCCUGCUUCCGUGCUGCACAUACUGAUACUCACUACAUUGGGGCAUGAGCAGGGGUCAGCAAGGUUUGUCUUGCCUGGGCCAGAUCGGUCCUGCGGAGAUCCCUCCAUGGGCUGGAGCACGCGCACAUCCCCACUAUUUUCUGCUUCUGCACAGACGCGAUUUUUGGCGCUGCGGAAGCGAGUCCCCGCACCACGCUGAUUUAGCGCAGCGUGUGAGUGGGCAGCUCGGUUCGGGGGUGGCUCAUGGGCCGGUCAAAUGACCUCCGCGGGCCACUACCGGCCCAUGGGCCUUAGGUUGCUGACCCCUGGGCAUGAGCUUGCUAGGCUACUCAUGAGUGAGUUUCUGUAAAACCGCAUUGCUAAUUCAAAUUGAGGAGCCUUGUCCUCUUCAGCAUCUGGGGAUCCUCCAUCCAAGGGUGUGAAUUAUUUCCAACCUUAGGCAAGAGUGUCAGCCUCUUGUUGGGAGCUGGAUGGGCUUCAAGUCUUAGCACCAACUACCCCCUUGGAAAACGACUGUUUUCUGUCUUCCUGCCCUCCAGAAAUGAAACCAAGCUGACUGGUCAAACUGUCCAGAAUUCAAGAGAGGAGGGUAGAGUCUUUCAUUUUGAUGAACAGGUCUAUGUUUUGUUGUUGUUUUAUAACUUUAUAAUAUAUGCAUAUACAAU